AUGGAUAAGAACAUCAAGUUGGCUGAUAAAUAUGACCCUGCUGAGGACUGUGCUCUGGGAAGCAUUGCAAUGGACGACAAGAAGUUGCUUCGCAAGCUUGACUGGCACCUUUUGCCUCUCAUGUUCCUGACUUAUUUCUUGCAGAUGAUUGACAAGAUAUCGAUCAACUACGCGAACGUGAUGGGACUGCAGGACGACUUAGGGAUGACGGGCAAUGAUUUCUCCUGGUUAGCAACGGGCUUCUUCAUUGCAUACGCCGUGGCAGAGAUUCCUCAGGGAGCUCUUCUGCAGCGGUUCCCAGUCAUAAAGGUGCUCGGGGCCAAUGUUUUCUGCUGGGGUAUCAUCUUGUGUUGUUCCUCUGCUGCGAAGAACUUUUCCCACAUGCUCGCCUUGAGAAUCCUAUUGGGAUUGAUGGAGGCCGUUAUCGCACCCUCUCUCACAAUGUAUACGAGCAUGUGGUAUGUUCGUGCGGAAUCGACACCACGUUACGGGCUCUGGUACUGUGGCUUGGGCGCCGGGCAGAUCGUUGGCGGACUUAUCUCUUUUGCUGCUCAACAAGCGCCGACAAAUAUGUCUUUCGGUGGCUGGCGAAUUAUGUUCGUGGUCAUUGGCGUUGUCAAUAUCUUGGUUUCAUUGCUUGUCAUCUUCUUUCUCCCUAAUACUCCGGACGAAGCCAAAUUUCUCAACGAGUCAGAAAAACGGCGCAUUGCACAGCGAUUGACUGACGAUCAAGCUGGCGUGGGUGUGAAAGUCUUCCGGUUGCGGUCGGUUCUUGAAGCAUUCGGAGAUCUCCAGACCUGGCUUCUUGUCCUGCUUACUAUCCUCAUCACAUUCCCAAGUAGUGUGAUUACAACCUUCUCUGCGAUUCUGAUAAAGGGCUUCGGAUAUAGCUCCGAGCAAAGUGCAUUACUCAACAUGCCUUCCGGUGUCGUGAGUAUUGUGGCGACUAUGGUUUCUACGUACGCGAUCUCAAAGGGAUUUUCGCGAUGGUUGGCAAUUGACUUGCUACUGCUUCCAACGCUACUGGGGUCUUGUUUGAUGUCCUUUCUUCCUUCUGGGAACCAAGGUGGUUCCUUGGCGGGUAUCUAUCUGGUUAACACGGUAUGUAUCUGGUGA